AUGGCCGCUGCCGGUGAUCCGAGACGCGGCCGACUGGUGGCCAUCGCCCCAGCGCCUAGCAAUGGCGAUGGCAGCGCAUUGAGAGACACGGCCCAGCCUGCCAUGCCCUACACGUGCCAGCCCUGCUCGAGACGAAAGGUGAAAUGUGACAAGGCGACGCCAGUAUGUUCCAGCUGCCGCAAGGGCCGGCUCGAGUGCUCCUAUCGAGCACCGCAGCCGCGAUGGCGAAAGAGAAAGCUGGACGAUGAUGACCUAGAGAAAAAAGUCGCGCGAUAUGAGCAUAUUCUGCGCCAACACGGCCUGUUGGAUGAUACCGACACAUCAACCUCCAUUCGAGAAGCACCUCCCAGCGAGCCAGUGUCUGGGCAACGGAACCGUCCUGAAGAGCCAAGAACGGGCCGGCUUUUGGCCGGCAAUGGCAGGUCAAGAUACAUAGAGAGUCGUUUCUGGCACAACUUUGGAGAUCAUGAGAUGCAAGGCGUGCUCGACGGCGAAGAAGAUGAUCAGGCAGGAGUCGGCGGCAGCUACUCAAUCCCAGAUCCAUUGACAAGAGCUUUCUUAGGUUCUCAACAGAAUCUCCUCCACUAUCACCCUACUCAUACGACAGCCAUGGCACUAUGGCAAAUUCACAUCGAGAAUGUGGAGCCUCUCUGCAAAAUCCUGCAUAUCCCAUCAACCGCCAUGAUGCUUGACAGGGCUUCGCAGGAUCCUGGAAAUAUGUCAAGGGCCGAUGAGUGUCUGCUAUUUGCUAUAUAUCACUUUGCGGUGUUCAGUAUGACGGAAGAAGAAUGCAUGAAGCAAGUAGGGACGUCCCGUGCCAUAUUGAUAGAACGAUACCACUUCGCGACGCGGCAAGCUCUUGUCAAUGCAUCUUUCCUCAAAACUUCUGAGAUGCCGGUUCUACAAGCUCUCGUCCUCUUCCUCCUACCUUGCCGAUUCUCCUACGAUUCGCAGACAUACUGGAUUCUAACAGGAGUUGCCGUCCGCAUAGCGCAGCAGAUGGGGCUUCACCGGGACGGAGAAACCCUGGGCCUACCGCCGUUUGAAGUUCAGAUGAGGCGACGAGUAUAUUAUCAACUACUACCACUUGACGGCAAUGCUAGCGUUAUGUCAGGCACUGUCAUGCCAAUUACGCCAGACGCCUGGAACACCAAACCGCCCCUGAACAUUAAUGAUGAGCAGAUUUGGCCCGGAAUGACCUCAACCCCAAAAGAGCAAACGGGAGCAACUGAGUUAAUCUUCUGUCUGUCGCGUGCAUACAUCGGAAAAUACCUUGCCAAAUCUGGUAAGUCGGAUGGCGGAGAGCCCAAAGACUAUCACGAAGCUGAGCUUGCCAUUAGUCAGGCUGAAAGCGACGUGGAGGAGAAAUAUAUUCGAUACUGUGACGUUACCAAUCCACUUCACUUCCUGGCGAUGUGCUCAGUCAGAUCAGGGAUUACCGCGAUGCGUCUGUUCCUCCUGCUGCCCAAAUUCAGAAAUGGGACCGCCACUGUUGAAGAGAGUAGGAACAUGUUGCAACUUGCGCAGAAACUUUUGGAUAACGAUGCCGCAGCCCGUGCUAACGCAGGCUUAAGGAAAUAUCAAUGGCAUAUCCGGCCAUUUUUCUUGUGGGGAACGUGGGACUCCCUGGUCUUUGUCCUGACGCGGUUAUGGAGGAGUUGCGAUAUGCUCUCACCUUCCGAAAUUGACGUUGCAUGGGCCAAAGUGGAACAAGUGUACCGCAACCAUGACGAGCUCCUAGAGUCGAAACGAGCGUUGUAUGUGGCGCUUGGACGCCUCGCUUUGAAAGCGUGGGAUAGCCAUCCACCAAGCGGUGUGCUGGUGGAGGAGCCUGUCUUUAUAGCCACUUUGCGUUCUGUACAAAAAGUUGGCUCUCGGGGUCGAGAAGAGGUCAUAUCAACAGUGGGCCAGUCCUCUGCGAAUGGUAUGAAUACCGGACAGACAUCACUGGCGAGUUUCUCUAAGGACUUGGAGUUUGGUCUCGGCGACGAUUUCAACCUCGAUGGAACAGACUGGGCAUUCUGGGAUCAAUUGAUGCAAAACUGA